UUCUGCCACACCUGCGGUUAGGCAGAGCACAUUAGAAAAACAAUGAACAAAAAUCACUUACAUUACCAAAACCAAACAAAAAUCACAAUUUUGGGUACAGAAAAAGAUUAGUUUUAAAAAGGGGUAGGGCUUAUCUGGUGAGGACCUGUUACUCAGCUGUGAUCUGAGCCUCUGCACAGGAACUGCUGGGAUCAGCAGUGCCCUGAGGCAUGGAGCAGGUGUUUGCAGUUGGGCUCUUGUAGAGGGGCCUCUGGUCCCCACUUUCUAGGUUCCUCAGGGACAAGGCAGUGGACAGGAUCCUUACAAACCCAGGAGUAAAAAUGAUGAGGAGCUGCCAAAGUUGCAGCCCCCUCUGAUCAGAGUUGGCUGCAGAUGUCUUGGGAAAGUUUAUUUGUGGCAUGGAUCAGCACAAGGGAAAUGUGAAAUUAGAGAACUGAAGGAGAAAGUGGUGUGAGGAAGAGCAGUGUGCUCCCAGAUUAUCUCUGCAUGGAGGAGGCAUAUGGUGGGGGACAGAGCAAGUGAUGCAUGACUGAUAAGCAUGGCUGACCUGGUUUGUGCAGCCCCCAGGCUUGAGCUGUUGCUUCUUGGGAGGAGGUGCAGGCAGGCUAGAGCACAGCCUUCCUUUAAUCAUCACAAGGGUGAUGAUGUGGAGUCUGCUGAUCAGUAGCUAUUGCACGCUGUGGGCCUGCACUGCAAGGCCAAGCCUUGUGGGGAAGGCAGAUGUGUGGGGGUUCAAGCUGCAGUAUCCUCAUGGGCUGUCCUAGGGAGGUGGUAGUGGGUGCCUCAAAGCUGCACCUGUGAUAUGGCUGUGUCCCCGCAGGGUAGUGAUAGGUCCCAGGAGCAGUUUGGGGUUCAGCUAUGUGUGGUGCAGCAGGGGAGGACUUGGGACAGGGCAGCCAGUCCUGCAAGCACGGCAGCACCGCUGCAGCACCUGCUGUGCUGCCCCGUCCCCUUGCCAUAGCAGUUGAAUCAAACAACGCUCUUGAACAUUUCUGUGUCAAGAAAAAAAUCCAAAGACUGAAAGGGAGGGUUGUGUUCCAGAAAUGAUGGUUUGCACUUCAGGACGGGGCUUUAGAAUUUAAAGCUGGGGUUUUGGACUCCCCCGUUCAGGGGCUGCUGGAUCCCAAAAUGAUGCUUUGAUCCCUCAGAAUGGGUACUUGGACCAUAAAAGGAGGCUCUGAGCCCUAUUUUUCAGGCCCUGUCUGAUAGAAUGGGGAUUAGGGAACUUAAAAAGAUGGGUCUUUUCUCUUUGGACCCUAAAAAGUUGACUUUGCAGCUUAAAGUGAAACUGUGGGGCCUAAAAAUCAGACAUUACACUCUGAGAAUGACAGCCUGGGCUGUAGAGCUGUUAUCAACCAAUAUCAGAGCUGAGAGUACAAGCAAAUGACAGCUUUUGGUUCAGAAUGGAGUCUUGGGGCCCUGACGGCAAGAGUUUGGUCACUAAGGCCUGAGGGUCCUGCCGAGCAAAAGAUUUGCUAUCACAGACAGAGGCUUGAGACCCGAAAACAAAGUUUGGAAUCUGGAAACGAGACAUUGUAAAAACCAUAGAAAGGAAAGAGCUUUGAGAGCCUGGAGAUGGGGUAUCCGCACCCUAAAAUAGGCCUUAUGACACUGAAGAGGAUUAUUUGUAACUGAAACGGAGGAUCUGGGUCCUGAACAGCAGGCUCUGGGAACUAAGAACCAUAGAAUCGUUUCGGUUGGAAAGAUUUGCUUAAAACCCGUGGGGCUUCAGGGAGGCUCCAGACGGAAGAGUCCAACCCGGCCCUCACAGACGCUUUAUGCUACCUCAGGCAGCUUCCCGCCCACCCCAUCCCGCUCAGCCGCGAGCAGCGGCGGGCCCGGCGCCGCCCCUUCAGCGAGGAGGCGGGAUGAGACCUCCGUGCCGCCGGAGGGCGCUCGACCGCCGCCUGUGACCGCGCGCGGCUCCGUUACUACGGGGGGCGGGAAGGAGGCGAAAACAAACGGCAGCGCGCGGGAGGGCGGCAUGGCUGCUGGCGGAGCGGAUGAUCCGUCCCUAGAGAGGCAUUUCAAAGGCCACAGAGAUGCAAUCACUAGUGUGGACUUCAGUCUCAAUAAGAAACAAUUGGCAAGUGGCUCAAUGGAUUCAUGCCUGAUGAUCUGGAGUAUGAAACCUCAGAUGAGAGCCUAUCGCCUUGUGGGACACAAAGAUGCAGUGAUGUGUGUUCAGUUUUCCCCUUCUGGCCACCUUGUAGCUUCGGGCUCCAGAGAUAAAACAGUCUGCUUAUGGGUUCCCAGCACCAAAGGAGAAUCUACUGUGUUCAAGGCUCACACAGCAACUGUAAGAAGUGUUCAUUUCUCCAGCGAUGGCCAGUCCUUAGUUACAGCUUCUGAUGACAAAACAAUCAAAGUGUGGACAGUUCACAGGCAGAAGUUUUUGUUCUCACUCAAUCAACACAUAAAUUGGGUUCGUUGUGCCAGAUUCUCUCCUGAUGGACGAUUAAUAGCAUCAGCUAGUGAUGAUAAAACUGUCAAACUGUGGGAUAAAACUAGCAGAGAAUGUAUACAUUCCUUCUGUGAGCAUGGGGGGUUUGCAAAUCACGUGGAGUUUCAUGCCAGUGGUACGUGCAUUGCUGCAGCUGGUACAGAUAACACUGUGAAGGUGUGGGAUGUUAGGAUGAACAGACUCCUCCAACAUUAUCAAGUGCACACUGCUGCGGUAAACAGUCUGUCCUUUCACCCCUCUGGAAAUUACCUGAUUACUGCUUCCAAUGAUUCAACUCUCAAAAUUCUGGACUUGCUCGAAGGAAGACUUCUGUAUACUCUCCAUGGUCACCAGGGUCCAGCCACCUGUGUAGCAUUUUCCAGAACAGGAGACUUCUUUGCUUCUGGAGGAUCUGAUGAGCAGGUGAUGGUAUGGAAGACUAAUUUCAAUGCAGCAGAUUACAGUGAAGUUCUGAAAUCUCACAAGUCUGGUGCUAAUGUGGAUGGGACCCAUCACAGUCUGCUAUCGGAAAUGGAUUGUGGUGUUCAUCUUAAGAAAACAAAAUCUCAGGAUACUGGUAGGAACCAUGAACGGCAAGAGGAGGAUGUCCAUAUUGCAGAUACCUUGGAGCAUAUUAUAGGACAGCUGGAUGUUCUGACUCAGACAGUUUCCAUCCUGGAGCAGAGGCUGACCCUCACGGAGAACAAGCUGAAGGAGUUUCUGGAGAACCAGCAGAAAAUCAUUGAGAACAAAGAGAAUUGAGUUUGUGAAAGAGGAGCACUGCUGAAGGCUCUUGGAGGUUGCAGGGGUUUGUAUUCCUAACAGACUGGGUGACUUUAAUGAUUUGGAGAGUAAUCAAUUUUUAAUUCAUAUGUACAGUUACUGUAUCUGUAAAUACAAAGCUUUGUAACUUUA